AUGGCUUCGACGACUCAAGCCCCGGCUAUACCGCCGACCAUGCGCGCCUGGGUACGCCGACGGCGCGGCCCAGCGGGCAGCGUCCUCGAGCUAGCUACCGGCCUACCGACGCCCGCUGUGCCGCCCCGCUCGUCGUCCGACGUGUUGAUCCGCGUAUCGCACGUCUCGCUGCAGUUCACCACCGAGAUGGUGAUGAAGACGGUACCUAACUUGCCCUUCACCGGCCCGUGGAUCCCGGAGAUCGAGCUGUCAGGUGAGGUGAUGGUGGCGGGCGAGGGCGCGCCAGCCGAGGUGCGCGAGCCGGGCACGCACGUUGUCGCCUUUCAAAGUGUCCCAUGGCGUCUGCUCGCAGGCCACGGCGUGCUGGCCGAGUACGUGCGGCUACCGGGCAGCCAGGUCGCUCGUGUCGAGACUUCACUUGACAUGGCGUCGGCUUCGGGCAUUAUCUGCUCCGGCAGCACCGCGCUCAAGAUGAUCCGCACAGUGGGCGUCCGCCAGGGCCACACAGUGCUCGUGAAUGGAGCCAGCGGGUCGAUCGGGUCGGUGCUCGUGCAGCUGUGCAAGCUGCGCGGCGCCAAGGUGGUUGGCGUGGCCAGCGGCGGCAACGAGGCUAUGGUGCGCGGCAUGGGCGUCGAUGAGUUCGUCGACUACCGCAAACACGACCCGCUGCCGGCCUACCUGGCGCAGCACUAUGGGGACAAGCCGUUCGAUUUUGUGCUCGACUGCGUCGGCACGCAGGCGCUCUUCGCCAACUCGCCAGCUUACCUCAAGGCCGACGGCGCUGUGAUCAACGUUGGCGCGCUCGAGGGUGUCGGUGUGACGGCGCGCAACAUGUUGUUAAACACCUGGCUGCCCACCUGGCUGGGCGGCGUGCCGCGGCGCUACAUCAUGUUCAGCACUCCACCGGCGCGUGACGACGCCGUCUACCUGGCACACCUGAUCGAGGAGGGGCGCCUGCGUAUCCCGGUCGACUCCGUCUUCGACGUGGAGGACGCUGUGCGUGCCUACGACCGUAUCGCCACGAAACGCGCACGGGGCAAGGUUGUGGUCAAAGUGCGCGGCGACUAG